ACAUCAAAAUGAGAUUUGAAUUUAAAUUCAAACUUAACAUUGCCAAAGAUAUGCGCGUCCGUUACAAAAUCAUUUGACCUAAAAGAUCAACUCAACUUUGACCAAAAAAGGAGAAAGAAAGAUCAACUCAACGAACAGAAAACAAAAACAAUGAAGAUAUAAAUAACCAUCCACCUAUUUAACAAUAAUCUCAAACCCUAAAAAAGAAUAAAAAGACAAAAUUCUUAUCUUUUCCUUUUUGAGUCUACUUCUAUAUAUAACUCGUGUUCCCUUGUACCAAAACAAAUCCAACACAAAAAGAAAACAAUAAACUUCAAACACUUUCAAAGAAAAUAAUAUACAAAUAAUGAAGCAGUCACUUAUUUCCAUCUUAAUACUUCUACUAUCAUCAUCAUUUGUACCCAUCCACGCCCGCAACAAACCACAGCCGGCAAAGUCUCCUUCACCCGUAGCUGCUCUAGCUCCAGGACCGUCAAAUUCUGAUUGCUCCAGCAUUAUAUAUGACAUGAUGGAUUGUCUCUCGUACCUUACCCCUGGAUCAAAUGAUACUAAGCCCACAAAAGUUUGUUGUGGGGGAAUUCUAUCUGUUCUACAAUAUAACCCUAAGUGUAUUUGCGUUGGUUUAGAAAGUAGCAAAACUAUGGGGUUUGCAGUGAAUAACACUAGAGCUCGUGCUAUGCCUACGACUUGCAAGCUCACCAUUGUUGCUCCUCAUUGCGCAAUCCUGGACGAGGCGACACCGGCUGCAUCUAUUGCUGUUACUCCAUCGGCUGGAACACCUAUGACUUCACCAUCUUCGGGCGGGUCACCAACAUCUUCACCAUCUUUGGCUGAGUCGCCGGUCAUGACUGCACCGUCUCCCUCAAGUUCUGGCACCAACCACCUCUCAGUUUCAACACUGACCCUCGUUUCCGUUAUAGUUUCUUCUGUAACAUAUAUUUCGUUUUUAUUUUAAUUAAUUACAGUUCACUCGUUUUCAUAUAUAUUUUCUACUGAGUUUUAUGGUUGUCAAUUUGUCAUUUGAAGGCAUAUGAUGUUAUUUUUAUC